AUGACACUUCCUGCGAACAUUCGGCGACUAAUACGAACUGCUGGUGAUUUUGAAUAUGCAUUACCAAUUGUAAGUUAUUACAUGAAACUUUACGGCGUUGAGCAAGUACUCGCGAUGGACGGGCGCACAGAAGAAAUGACAGAGUGUGCUACUGGGUUACUUGAUGACAUUGAAAAGUUCAAAGCCACGGAGAAUGAUGAUGCAGUAAAAUUACUUCUAGAGGAUCAGACAAAGGCCAAGUCUUAUCUUUUGAAUUUUGCACUUUCGUUAUACAAUGAGCAGCUUUUGAAGAUUAAGGAGGAAAAGUAUGACAGAGAUCUUUCGAGGGCGUUGUGGUGUUGUGUGGAUUUGUUCAAUACGAUCAUUGACAUCUGGAAGGGCUCUGAACUUUCUGCAGAGGAAGUAGAGCAAUGCCAAAAGAGGGUCAAAUAUUGCAAAUUGUAUUUGAGGCAGUUGUCACGAGGUGAGAUGGGGAAAGAAUCUAGCGUGGUACCGGAAGCAUCUGUUCAUGAUCAAGAAACUGAUGAUUUGAUAGCGAAACUGCGCAAAUUGGACAAUUCGGAUGAGUCCGAGUCGAAUGAGGAGAUAGAUGAGAAUAUAAAACCACAGGUGCCAGAGCUAGACGUAAACCCCGAGGAAGUGAACAAGUUUAUCAAGAGUUUAGAAGAAGAGUAUCCAAGUGAAGGCGAAGAUCAAGAGGCGGAUGAUCAAGCUGCACAGGAUCUAGUUGAUAGAGUGCAAAAUGAUGAUUUGGAUGGGGAUGCAGCUUCAAACGCCGCUUCAAUUGAAGCGACUGGCCAUGCCCGCGAAGGAUCUUUGGAAUUACCUUGUGUCCCCAGUUUCAUUGACCAAGGUAAGGAUGCUGAAGAAGAAUCGGACGAGCCUCAAUUUGUGAGUGAUGAUUCUGAGAAAGAAGAGCCAGCUAAGGGAGCAAGUCGCACAACAACAAUGACCCAUCAAUACACGCCAGAGGAUCUAACCUCGAUGAUGGAUCGAGAGGAACAAAUUUCGGAAGUGCAAAAAUUGGCAAGGUACGCGAUCAGUGCACUGAACUACGAGGACAUUGGUACUGCAAAGGACGAACUUACGAAAGCGCUCAAAGUGCUGGAGAAAAUGGGAUAA